CCCGGAUUGGCCCGGUUGGGGUUGGGUCCGGGGCCGGGUCCUUGCUGCGCGGGGUCCAGGGCGAGGACUGUGGGCCUUGUUGGGGGCGGGGACCCCGUCCCGAGUGGAGGUGGGGACCCGCGGUGGGUCGGAAGCGUGGCGGGGUAGGGGGCGCAGGGCGGGUCCGGUCCGGGAGGGUGAUGUGGCCCCGCCCGCUCGUCCGCGCCCAUCCCCGCCCGUCCCCGCCCCCCUCGCGGCGUCCCGGCCCCGCAGGAGCCGCCGCCCGAGCUUCCGCGCGCUGCAACCAGCCGGACAGGGGCGCACGGACGCGCGGACGCCGGAACCUGGCGGGAGCAUGUGGAAGCUGGGACGCGGCCGGGUGCUUUUGGACGAGCCCCCAGAGGAUGAGGACGGCCUGGCCGGGGGUCCGCUGCCGGCCGCCGACGCCACCUCGGCGCAGGUGCAGGGGGCGAGCUUCCGGGGGUGGAAGGACGUGACCUCGCUGUUCAGCGACGACGACGAGCAACACCUGCUGGGGAGGUGCCGGUCUCCCAAGUCCAGGGGAACCAGCUUGCGGUUAAAGGAGGAGCUGAAGACGGAGAAGAAAUCCGGGUUUUGGGACAGUUUGGUUUUAAAGCAGAAUCUGCAGCCCAAGAAGCCAGAUGAGAUCGAAGGCUGGGAGCCCCCCAGACUUGCCCUGGAAGACGUGGCGGCCGAGUCGGGGGGCGGCGCGAGCGGCCGAGCCCCCCGGCCGGGCUGGGAGGAGGGGGCCGCGGGCUCCGGCAAGUACACCAGCCUGGCCGGCCCGGGAAGCAGCUCGCGCUGGAGCCUCAGGUCGGCCGGGAAGCUGGUUGGCAUCCGGCGCCAGAGCCGCGGCCAGCUGACGGAUACGUGGGAGGAGCUGGAGUGACCGCGAGGCACGCCGUCCCCGCCGUCUCCUGCCGCUACCGCCUGAUGCUGCUGCUUCGCAUCUCACUGUGCCCUGACCCCCGGGUUGGCCGCGCCGGGGCGUGCUCGCCAGUCUGCCGGUCGCGGUCUUUCCCCGACUAAACAGAGUGGAGUCCACUCUGCCCGUGUCCCCGUUUGGACUUCUGUCUCGCACGCUGGGCGGCGGUUUCCAAACCCGUGGUCGCUGGGGCCACGGCUGGCUUGCCGCUGCCGUCCUGGGCACCCCUGGGAGCCCGACUCGGAGGUGCGGGUGUUGGAUGCUGCCCCCGGGGCGCCCUGUGCGAUGCCGCCUUCCCCGGCGGCUGCAGCCCUCGGCUCCGCGGCGGCGGGAGGGCUCCGCGGCUGGUUCAGCCUGCGACCCGGACAGAGCGGCUGUGACAGGCGCGCCGUCCAGGCCCCCAGGCAGCCCCGCGGAGGCCGCGUCCUGACCUGGCGCCUGACCUGGACGGCCAGACUUGUUCUCUCAGUACAGUUAAAGCUGGGAAAGCAAAUCGCGUCCUCCAGAAGCAGAGGUGGUGUCGGGUCCAGCGCCAGACGCCGCUGCACAGAGGCCCUCCCUCCGCGGCAGGUGCGGACGGUGCUGCUGAUGUUCAGGGGUUGUUUUUACUGCUGGGAUUUUACAUAUUGAUCUUUAUUUUCUUCUGAAAACUUGUUCUUUUUUGAUUACAGAUUAAAGAAUGCUAUAGAGUGUGGAUCAAUUUUAA